AUGGUGCACUACGUGGACGUGCACCUGCCGUGGUCGCACUCCCUCUGCGCCUGCUGCCUCCCCCGCAUGCUCCGCCCCGCCCCGCCCGUCGCCUUUCACGUCUCCUCGCUCGCAUCGCUGCGCAACCACCUGAGCAAGCCUUUGCCGCCCCCUUUUCCGCCCUUCCGCUUCGGCCAUAAGCCCCCGCGCGCCAUCACCGCCUACUCCGCCACCGUCCCUCUCUCCGCCCCUCCUCUCCGCCCAGGCGGUGCCACUGCUGGCGCUGGCGCCUCUGCUGCAGCUGCUGCUGGCAGUGCUGUUGCUGAAGAGAGCGCAGCAGCGCCGUCGGUGGCGCAGCAGUAUCGGUGGAAGGUGGACGCGGCGCCUGUGGUUGCAGCAGAGGGGAUGAUGCUCGAAUGGCUGGCAGAGCCACGUGUCGGCCUGCUACUGGACCUCCAUGCGACACGGCGCCAGCUGGCGAAACGUCUGGGGAUGGAUGAGCUCGCUGCUGCACGUGCUACAGCCAGCACCAGGCGUGCUGGCCGCCGUGCUACAGCCGGUCGUCAAGCGCUGUGGUGGUGCUGCUGGCAGUGCUCCUCUUGCUUCGCCUCCUACCGCCAUGCCGUGUCCGUUGCUGCGUUCCUCGUGCUUGUUGCCAAGUUCCCCCGCUUUGUCACUCUCUGGCGCGCGAACGUGCGUUCUCCCAACUCUACUCUCGUGAGUCUGGCGUUUCAGUUCGAUGCGGGGCGGCAGGCGCAGGACGACUACUUGGCGUCGCUGCUGGUGCAGGUGCUGGGAGUGAAGGGCAAGCAGCAGCUGGAGACCGGCUUUGCUGCCCACCUGCUGCCGCUGCUGCUGGGAGGGAGGCACGCGGAUGGGGAGACGGGAGGGGGAGGGGGAAGUCAGGGGACGGAGGGGGAAAGGGGAGAGGAGUGGAGGGAGGGGUUGGGAGGGGUGGAGUGGGAGGAGUAUGUGGAACGCGUGGGGGAGAUUGCCGCCCAGGGAGGGCUGGCAGGCGAGCAGUACCGCUGCUGCUGCUCGCAGUGCUGCCAGGGCGAGGGAGUGAGUGCGAAGGAUACUCGUGGCAGUGGCAGUGGCAGUGGCAGUGGCAGUGGCAUGGUGAUAUCUGGUGUCGACCCCACCGAGUUCGCUCUCAAGUGCGCAUUCAACUUCGCUGAACCGUGGUUUGCGAGUUGUGGUGCGAGUAUGUUUAACGAGUCAGCUAAUAACAGGUACAAGGAGAGAGUGGAGGAUGCUGCAUUGGAGGAGGCAUGGAGCCGGCUGGCUGUGGGAGUGGUAAAUGAGGAGAGGAGUGGUGGGAGUCGCGGAGAGGGGAGCGGAAAGAAGGGUGGGGCGAGAGGGGGUAGGAGUGGAAAAGAGAAUGUGGAGCAAGGAAAGGUUUCUGGUAAGGGAGCGAAGGAUAAAGGGAAAGCAGCAGAAGAAAAGGCAGCAGCAGCAGCAGCGGCGACAGCCACCUCUGCUCGCCCUGCUCUGGCUUCUAGUGCUCCAGGCGUAGUUUCUGGUGCUGCAAGCACUGCCAGGCUGGUUCCCGUGAACAGUAACACGGUGGUUGGAGUGUUCACAUACCGAGUCACCUCCCUGCUGCGAUGGGUGCGGAUUUACGGGCCGAGGGUCAACCCUCCCAAGUACUGUGGCCGUUAUACUAUGGAAAAACCAAACGCAGCCCUCCCACACCCAGUCCACGACCUUCCGAACCUGCUUCUCAGGUUCGGCGCUGUGCCGAAGCCAGUCAUCGGCCCAGGCUCGGAAGGUAAAUCAGCAAUUGGGUGGGAGGAGUUCCCAGAGGGGGACAGGGAGGAGCUAGAACCAUAUGAGAAGGAUCCCUGGGGGGAUAUGGGGUUCAACGCCUUUAACACGGGGGAUUUCCGGGAUGGUACACCUGACGUGGAAGAGCACACGAAGGAGGCCAACGAGAGGUACAUCAUGAUGCCCCCGCCUGACGUCACCCCUCUCUGGAAGAGCCCCAGCCCUCCCUACUACGAAACGCUUGCUGCCCGCGUGGAGGAGUUUCUGAGAAGGUUCGCUCCGAGGAGGCUGGCAAUGGAGGGGAGCAAUGGCCGUCUAGCAUCCGCCAUUGCCACAUGGGUGGGGCGCUUGGGGCUGGGCAAGCGCAGCUGGGCGGCACUGGCCUUGGGGCCGCUCUCGGAUGCAAAGCUGCAUAUGCUGCUGCGGUCUCAACAGGAGAUGGACGAGUUUCUGGAGAUGCUGGCUGGGGAUCUCUCUCCUGUGCCUGUCUGCACCCAUUGCAUGUGCUGCGCUGCUCUGUACUACGAGUCGGUCAUCAUGGUGUCCCUCGCCGCGACCUUCGCCUUCCGCCCUUCCGUCAUGCUGCUGCGCUGCGUCCUCUCGCUCUUCCCGCCUGCCUCGCCACAGCUCAAGGGCCUCCUGGCUGCUGUGGGCGUGGCGCCCAUCCCUGCAGCGGUCCCGGACUCGCUGGUGGCGGCGCUGCUGGAAGGCGUGAUGGAGCAGAAGCGCGUGCGCUUCCUGUUCCAUGCCAUCCAGCUGCUCUACCAGAACCAGUCGUAUGCCAAGCUCCUGGAGCCUAUCGAAGAAGGGUCUGGGGUGAACAUUUACGAGCCGCAGGGCAGGCAGGGGAAGCAGAGGGAGGGGGAGGAGGAGUGGUGCAUCUGGGAGGAGGUGGACAGCUGGCGGAUUGCAGCGGAGAGGGCUUGGCCGGUGCUGGAGCUCCGUAGUGUGGCAGUGCUCGAGCUGGAUACUGGCGGGGCGGCUGAACGGCAGGUGAAGGUUUGUGAGCGCAUGCGGCGUGUGAUGGCGGAAGAGGAGGUGAAGAAGCGGAGGCAUGCUCAGGCUGGCGGUGCUGCUGGGGAGGGUGCGAGUGGGAGCAGCAGCUCUGGUAGCAGCAAGGGCAUGGGGAAGGGGAAGAGUCUGGCAGGAAUGGAGGGGAGAGGCGGGACUGGGGAGGGGAAGGGGGGGAAGGCAGGGGCAUCGUACCUGGAGCCGUGGCCGGGGGGGGUGAAUCCUCUGGCGUGUUUGAGGGAGAUGCUGUUGGGGGAGACCAGCUACUGCCCCCAGGCCAAGGUGGAUGCUGUUGCUGCCGCUGAUGCUGCUGCUGCCCAUGCUGCUGCCACUGGUGAGGGGACCAGAGUAAGGAGCAAGGAAGGGCCGCGUGGCUGUGCAUCCCCGCGGUGCAGCAAGGUGGAAGGGGCGGGGGUGCAGCUGAAGCUGUGCUCGCGGUGUGGCAAGGCUGCCUACUGCAGCAGGGAGUGCCAGAAGGCCCACUGGCCCUUGCACAAGCUCACGUGCCAGCCCAAGGCCAAGGGGGGAGUUGAAGCAUAG